UAAACAAUAUGGCUGAUAAAUUGGGCGUCCUUAGAGAUCUUCAGUUACAUCUUCAAAAUGCAAGAUUUCCCACCGAUAAACUGUCAACAUUAUCUAUCCAGGGCGAUCAAAAGCUAAGUGAUAAAGAUUUAAAGUUAGUUCAAGAGUUUUUAUGUGAAUCUGUAAAAAUUGAUAAUGGACCUGAUGCUCAGACUAGUCAACUUUAUAUAGCCUGUUUCUGGGGACUGAGAGAUAUUGUUCAGAAGCUGCUAGAUAUGGGAGUGAAUUGUAAUAAACCGAAUCCAGGUUCUAUGUGGACACCACUUCAUGCAGCUACAUUUCAAGAAAAUGGUCCUAUAGUAAUGAUGUUAUUAGAGAACCAUGCCAGGCCUGAUAUACCUGAUGCUGAAGGAAGAACACCAAAAGAUUUUGCCUCUGUAUCAGAUAUAAUAUGGCCACAUUUUGCCAUGUUGGGUUUAAAACGAACUUCAAGAGUUGAUUUAUUAGAGAAAAAAGUUAUUAAAAGGACAUCAUCAGGAGAUCAAAGAUAUAAAGAUCCAGCAAAUGGUAUUAAAAUGGCCUCAUACAGUCGACCUGAUUCUGGAUAUGCUAUAAACAGUGAUCCUUUUGUAGCUGCUGCUGCUACUGGUGAUGUUUUAGCUGAUGUUAAUGAUACGGAUAAAAAUAAAAAUCAACCUAGAAUGAAUAUAUGGAAAUAGUUUAAUAAAAAGUCUAUUAGGUUUAUGUAUAAGAAAAAAUAAUAGUUAGCAGCAACCUUCAAACAAGGACUUGUAACACUGAUGCCUACAGACCUAGCUACUUACAGCCAGCUCACAAUAUUUCAGUUACCAUUAUGUAUGAGUUAAAAACUCUCUCAUAUUAUAUAUAUGUCUAAAAUAUGUGAGCUGUGACACCCAAAUGGGUCAAAAUAGGCUAAAAACAUCUUCUUUUUCAGAGCUUGCCUUAUUUAUUAAAUCUAAACUUUUACCUUUCAUGUUAUCUUAUUUAAAAUGAUAUUUUUUAGCCUAUUUUUAUAUUUUUGUUUAUAUCAAACAAUAAUGACAUGUGAAGAUAACAAAACAGCAUGAACACCUUUGUGAUGAUGAAUUAUCCCUUCACAUAUUUACUUCAUUGUUUUAUCAUCUUUAUUAGCCCAUUUCAUUUCAUAUAAUCAUUAACAGUGAUACGGCAGGGCGGGAGGGAGGGGGUAUCGGUGAUGUUUUAUACUUUAAACUGUAGAUCACAUGUU